AUGGGUCGUAUUGCAAACAAACGAUUUAAAAAAGCCAAGAAAAAAACUAUGUCUUCUAAAGUUUGUCAUUUAUGGACUAUUAGAGAAAAACUUAUGAUUUUAGAAUACCUUGUAAAUAAUAAUAAUAAUAUACAUGGAACUGCAAAGCAAUUUGAUUUGGAACCCAAGCAGAUAUGCCAUAUUAAAAGACCUUCAUACUCAACUGUAGCAACUUGGGUUAGAGAUUCAUGGGAUAGAGUUGAUGUUGAUCUUAUUAAAAGAUCAUUGGAAUCUCAAUACAAACUGAUG